AUGCAGAAUCUCGCGCGCGGCGACGGGUACGGCGGAGAUGGCCUUCAUCUCUUUCCAUCCGCGCCCUCGAGCGCCCCACUGUCGACGGUGAUCUUUCUCCACGGCCUGGGCGACACGGCCGCAGGCUGGACCGACGUGAUUCCGCUGCUCGCCUCGCUCUCCUGUUUCCCCGCGCUGCGCGUGAUUCUACCGACCGCGCCGGUGCGCCCUGUGACGCUCAACGGCGGCUUUCCGGCGCCCGCCUGGGCAGACAUCUUCUCGCUGGAUAAGGACGCGGCCGAGGACGGCCCCGGAUUCUCCGCCUCGAAGGCGCGGAUCGACCGCAUCAUUCAGAAGGAAGUCGAGGAAGCCAAAGUCCCUCCGCACCGCAUCCUUCUGGCGGGAUUCAGCCAGGGCGGUGCGCUCGCCUACCUCGUUGGGCUGAACUCGCCGUACCGCCUCGGCGGCCUCGUUGCGCUCUCCACGUGGCUCCCGCUCGCCAGCAACCUCCGCGUGAGUCCGGCGUGUCUGGGAAAAAGUCAAGAAAAUCCGGAAAAAUCCGAAAUGGCGCCCGGAGGUGUCCCCGCAGGCCCGAUGCCCGUCCUCCACUGCCACGGGCGCCAAGACGAACUCGUCCGCUUCGAGUUUGGGCACGAGAGCGCUGAGCUCAUUCGCCAGCAGUACGCCGCCGCCUGCGGCGACGAGAAAGCCAAAGCUGCAGUCCAGUUCCAACCCUUUGACGGCCUCGGGCACUCCGCCAACGCCGCCGAACUCGCACAAGUUCGCGCUUUCGUAGAAGAUAUUCUCAAACACCCGGUCUAA